AUGUCAACAGCUGCAAACUUUCGUAAUGUCAAAAUGUCUGCAUGCGAUAGAAUUAGUGAUCUUCCUAGCAGUAUAAUAGAAAGCAUUUUAAUGUGGUUGCCAACACGAGACGCUGCAAGAACUAGCAUCUUAUCAAGGAAAUGGAGGUAUAAUUGGUCCAGAAUCCCACAGCUGGUACUUGAUGAUAAGAUUUUCAAUAAAAUUUUAACAAAUCAUGCAUUACCUAGGCAAAAGUUUGCAGAAAUUCUAUUUCAGAUUCUGUCACUACACCAAGGACCCAUAUCCAAGUUUCGUUGUUCUUUAACUGGCCUUAAAGAUUGUCGUGACAUUGACAGCUUGAUAGUGCUUCUGUCAAGGAGUGGGGUUCAGGAGUUUACCCUCAAUCUUUGGCUGAAUGAAUACCACAGAAUGCCAUUGGCAUUUUUUUCCUGUCUAGAGCUCAGGCAUUUGAACCUUCGGGGUUGUUUGAUUAAACCCCCCACCAAUUUCCAAGGUUUUGGCCAUCUGAUUAGACUGAAACUCUGUCAAGUGAAUAUUGCAGAGGAUGUACUGGGAAGUUUGAUGUCCAGUUCCCUGCUACUGGAGCAGUUGACCGUUGUAGAGAUCCCGGCCAUCUUGAACUCCCUUGAGCUCAUAGCGCCCAAGUUAAAAUCUGUUUCUUCAAAAGCUCUGUAA